CAUAUGACACGGUGCGGCCAGGAGGGAUUUCCAUACAGCCGCUCUUUUAUUUGUUUGUUUGUUUUUACUUCCAUGAAAUCCCGCGCUGCAAAAAUUUUCCAAUUGUCUAAUUUAAAGGUUUCCUUGAGAACCUGCGAGCAGUGCGCUCCUUUGAGAGACUGAAUGCGCACAGGAGCUGGUUCAAGUGCGCAAAAAACGUGUCUGGUGCCUUUGGAGCGACUAAUGCCCCCCUCUCUGUCUGACUUGCCGUGAAUCAUGUCACGCCGGAAACAGAAGAGACCCCAGCAACUCGUCAAUGCAGACCCGGGGGGCCCGAAGCUGCUGCAAGACGACCAUCUAAGCUUGAAGUCACCAUCCACAUCUUUGGGAUCAGAUCUAACGUCAUCAGGUUCCUCCUCCUCAUCUCCCACCUCACUGCAAGAUUGCCAGCCACCACUGGCCACUCGCCCGUCUCCUGGAGGGCUCCACGCGCCUUCUUUGCCCAGCGAGAGCUCACCUCCUCCCCACUGGCCCAGCCACAUUGCUCCUUUUACCACAUCUCUGCCAAACACUCACUCCUCCCUCUCGCCAGACUUCCCUCACCCCUCGUUGUCUUCCCAAACUCACUCGCCCCCUCCUCUAGAUCAGUCCUCUGGGAGCCACGGCCUGAACCACCAAGUUAACUCAAACGCCACUAUGACCUCUCCCCCGAUGGGCAGCUCUGCCACCACCACUACCUCUUCCUCAUCCUCUACUUCAUCAUCCUCUCAGCAACCUCAACCAGACAGCUCCAGUCCUGGCCAGCAGCAGUCUUCCAUCUCCACAGGGGAGCAGGGACAGAUCCAGGUGCCUCCAACCCUGGCGGUACUCUUAGAGGAACUAAGGGUCCUGCAGCAGAGGCAAAUACACCAGAUGCAGAUAACAGAAGAGAUCUGUCGUCACGUCCUCAGGCUUGGAGGAGCUGUCUUUGGCCAAGAUAACAACGCACAAGCUAACGGUGUAGACAGCAACCAGAAGUCCAUGGGAACAACAUCUUCAUCACCUACACAUCCUUCGACCAAUACUCCAGUAACCACAGCUUCAUCCCUCUUGACUGGACUUCCUUCCCCCCUUUUCCCUCAACCAGUCAUCUCAAAAUCAGGUACUUCACUCAUAAAUGGAGACAGACCCCAAUCCUCCUCAACUUCCAGUUCUCUAUCCUCACCCUCUUCCUUAGCAAUAUCUUCCAGCAUCAAUUCAUCUGUUGCCUCCUUGCACCCCCUCUCAUUAUCCCUGGGUCUGUCACCACGCUACCUCCAUGAGAAAUCCUCCAACACCUCUUCAUUUGGUCACAGCAAUGGCAUCAGUUUCCAAACUCCUUCACUUCCCACGAGCAGCCACUCACAGGAUCUUCAAUCCAGCUCGUCUCUCACUUCUGCCUCCUCAUCAGGACGUCCUCAGCAUGUGUGCAGGUUCUGUGGGAAAGUGCUGAGCAGUGAUUCUUCCCUCCAAAUUCAUCUGAGGUCACAUACUGGCGAAAGACCCUACCAAUGUCCGGUGUGUCUGAGCCGUUUUACAACCAGAGGGAACCUAAAAGCCCAUUUCCUGAGACACAGAGAGCAGAACCCAGAGCUGUCCCUGUCUCUGCUGCCCCCUGCACUUUCAGAGCAGACACAGAGUGGAUCAACUCCAGGUACAGUUCAAAGGAGGCGAAAACGUCGUGUGGAUGAUGAUGAAGCAUAUAAUGGAGUGAAAGGAAGUGUUCCUGGCAUAACAGAGAGCAUGGCUUUAGGAUUACUGUCUGGUGGCUCAACUCGGCCCUCGCCUUCCUCUCUACCCCUGCCUCCCUCUGUGGACAUGGCUCUUCUGUCUACAGCUCAUUCUCUGUUACAGUUAAACAGAGCUUCAGUAGCUGCUGCCAGCACAUCCAGCACAGCUCUGCCUUCAUCAUCUCCAUCCUCCUCUUCUGCUUCCAGCCAGUAUAAAGCAGCUAAACAGCAGCGGUUUGAUGAAAACACUCCUCCCCACUCUGCUCUCCACACAACUUCACCUUACUCCCAACUUGCUCAUCUCCCCAAGAUUCUUUUCCCUGGAGGCGCCUCCCCCCACCACCUUGCCCUUCUUAGGGCUCCAGGCCACCCUUCCACUUCCCAUCUUUCUCUACCUCAUCAGCUACCCUUCCCAUUCCCUCCCUUCCCCAAACCACCCACCUCCUCUCCUUCCUCCUCCUCUCCCACCACCUCCAGCCAGACAUCAGACACUUCCAAGUUGCAGCGGCUGGUGCAGAAGCUAGAAAAGCAGCCACAAGGCAAUGCCUCAUCCUGCUCUUCUGCAUCUUCUCCCUCCACCUCUUCACAAACCUCAGCUGAAGUUAAUGGGGAGACAAAUGCCCGUGACCUGACCACGACCUCAAGUGCCUAUCGCAGAGAGAUGCUGGCUGCUCUUGGACUAAGCCCUAGUGUCAGUGCUACAGUGACUGGUCAGGGUGUCUCUGGUUCAGGCCCUACAACAACCACUUCUUCUCUGCCCACAACCCAGGUUGCUAACCAGUGUGGAGUGUGUAUGCGUGUUCUUAGCUGCCCCAGAGCUCUUCGCUUGCACCAGGCAACACAUCUGGGAGAGCGUCCCUUUCCUUGUAAGCUUUGUGGACGUUCUUUCUCCACCAAGGGAAGCCUUAGGGCACACCUGGCCACACAUCGAGCAAGGCCACCAAAUGCCCGUGCCCUUAAUUCUUGCCCCCUCUGCCCACGCAAAUUUACUAAUGCCUUAGUUCUACAGCACCACAUUCGCUUGCAUCUUGGUGGGCAAAUACCACCUGAUGAGGAGAUACACCCUGAGGAUGGGGCAGAAAUAGAAGGUGCUUCCUUUAAAGACAGUCUCAGUGAGCCUGUUAGCUCCCUAUCAAAAGUGCAAAUCCUUCCUCUUGCCUUAACAACGGCGUCCAAGUCUCCAGUGGACACCCUUAGCUCAGGAUCCAGUUUUAAGCAGUCCAAAGCUACUGAUUCAGAUUCUGUGAAAACUGAGGAAUCUGAGCGUUCGACUCCAAGUGUUAGUCCACCUUUAAGCUGUAAUCCACCAUCUGUGGGAGCUGAAAAAUCUCUGCAGCUUGCAGAUAUUGCUCCAGCUGAAAGUCCAACAGCAGAGAAAACCCACAAUGUUCUGGGCAUAGACAGUCCUUUCAAGGCACCCUUACCUAGCUCCCAUUCGGUUGUAGAUACGGUUGACUCUGUUUCUGAAGAUAUUCCUCUCUCCCUCUGUGUUUCUAAGUCUGAUCUUGAAAGUGCUACACCCAGACUUAUCAACAGUGAGGAAAGAUUUUCCACAAAUGAGGACACAGCUAAUCCCAGUUGUACCCCAACCCCCCCAGCUGCGCAUCCUGAACCCUCACUUACACCCCCUGCCAGCCCUGGAGCUACCCUAGAUGUAGAGGAGGCUAAUACCAGCGUUUCACAGGAGUUGCGAGGCAGGGCCACAUCUAAUAUUAAAGAGAAGAGUGAAGACACCAAACCAAGAGAGCCUCUUUUAUUGUCCGAACCAGAGCCUGGAAAAGAUGCACCUAUAAAAGAGGAUUGUACCCCCCUAAAAAAGCUGUCUGAUAACCCUGAGUCUUCAACAGCAGCGUCAACACCGCACGCCCAGCCUGCUCGACCCGACAAGCCCUACAGCUGUUCCCAAUGUGGAAAGGCAUACGCCAGCCGAAGUGGACUUAAGGGCCACAUGAAAAUGCAUCCUGGAGUGUCGAUGAAUGCCCCAGGCAAGGUUCAAACCAAUGAAAGUGACCCUUCAGAGGAUCGUAGUACGGCAACUAAAACCUCUGAAAAACAGGAGGAAAAUAAGGGACAGGCCCCUGAGAAAGGUGACAGCAUAGAUCCACUCCUGACCAGUGGUGGCUCUGAUGUGACCACUGAAACUGUGGACAAUACAAAAUAGAAUGUGCUUCAGUAGAUCCUGACAAAGGGAAUGUAUUCUUAGAAUAAGACUGUUUUUGUAGAGUCUGUAACUCUAAUUUCAUAUUUAGAAUUUGUAUAAGUCAAAUAGUUAUAGAUUAUUUUUAGAACAAUGACAGAAAAAUUGUGAAUGUAGUAUUCCUGCUGUCUAUUUUUGUACUUCAAAGACCACAGUGAGGCCUUACCUUCAACGCAUUGUCCACCCUUGCUGACACAUUUCAGGAUGUACAGUAUAAUAUCUUAUGAGUAGUAUCCAUUGAUUUUCUUUGUUUUUGAAGAGUGUCCAGACGUUUCAUACCAAAACAGGCCAAGUUAUAAAUGGCCCCUGAACUGUACAUACAUGCUGCGGUUGCCUUUUAAAAAUUGUUUUCUAUCCUUUGUUUUAAUGCUGCUUAAUGCGUGUUUUCUGAUGUUGCACUGUGAGCUGCACUGUGUCCAAACAUCUGCUGAAAGAACUCACCCCUGCAAUGAUUGUAUUACCAGUUCCCUACGGUUACAGUAAAACCUUUUAUUUUAAUGACAGUGAAUGUCUUCCCCAUUUAUGAUGGUGCUAUCUGCAUUCUAAAGCCCCCAACAAGGAUGAACCCUGUCUCCUUCCUGCUCUCUCUACUUGUUCCGCUGCUAUCUCAGCGGACUUGAGGGUGCUUUACUCCUGCGUAAAUCGUAUGCACUCACUAGAUUCUCCGCUUUGCUCGGUUUAGUAUUUGUAUGCUUUGCCUUCUCUCUGCAGCCCCCCUCUCUCCUUUUCUUGUAGCAGUGACAGAAUGUGUUCCCACGCUACCCAUGUGACGUUGAAAAAAGUUAAUAAAACAAUGGCAAUGCAAAGCGGGGACUGGUUUGUUACCUUUU